CAGGGACUGGCGCCGGGCAGCCCAAGUGGGCUUCAGUGUGACCACACAGAUUGCUGGCAGGCCGACACAGCAUCUCUUGGUUUGGCUGCAGUGAUUCGGUGACUGCCAUGACGGAGCAGGCCGCGCCGUCCGGCAGCUGCCUUAGCGCUGGCCGGCUGCCGGUGGUGGCCUCCGAGCGACACUCGGUCUUCUACGAGCUGCCGCCGGCCGACACCAGCGCCGACCAGGCGCCGAGCCCCGCCGGCGACGGCGCCGACCUCUGGGACGAAUGGCACGUGCGGUUGCCGUGCUCGCCACAGAGCCUGUACCCGGUCCGCCAGCCAGACGGCCAGAUGAAGCUGGUCAAACGCUGGACCAUGGUCCAGGAUGCUCUUUUGGCUGACUUCAAUUCUUCAUCGGAUUUGGAGAGGGCAAUCAAGUCGUACAACUCUCGGUAUCAAGAUAAGUGGAACUUCUCAGGCCUGAGGUACUUCAUUGACGAGGUGCUGUGUGACCGGGAACGGGACCACCUGCUGCGAACGACCCUGCCGCGGCUGGCGCGGCUGGCGCUCCGACUGCCGGAGGUGCUGCGCCAGCCGGUGCCGCUGCUCUCCCGGCGCCGCGCGCACUCGCUCUCCUUCUCGCAGCUGCAGGUGGCCGCUCUGCUGGCCAACGCCUUCUUCUGCACGUUCCCGCGCCGGAACGCGGUCAAGCGCGGCGACCGACAGGCCGAGUACAGCUCGUACCCGGACAUCAACUUCAACCGGCUGUACGCGGGCAGCAAGAGCCGCGGCACCGCCGGUCAGCUCUCACCGCGGCGCAUCGAGAAGCUCAAGUGCCUGAUGCACUACUUCCACCGCGUGCUGGAGCGCGAGCCCACCGGCGCCGUCACGUUCUCACGCCGCUACCUGAGCGAGCCGCAGCUGCCUGCCUGGGCCGGCUCGAGCGUGCCGCUCGGCGCCAUGUGCUGCCAGAGUGACGGUCUGAUCGAGGACCAGGAGGGCAUGCUGCAGGUGGACUUCGCCAACAAGUUCGUGGGUGGCGGCGUGCUCGGCGACGGCUGUGUGCAGGAGGAGAUCCGCUUCCUCAUCAACCCGGAGCUGAUUGUCUCCCGGCUGUUCACCGAGGUGCUGGACAAGACCGAGUGUCUGGAGGUCACCGGCUGCGAGCGGUUCAGUCAGUUCGAGGGCUACGCCGACACGUUCCGCUGGGUGGCCAAGGCGGAGGACCCGAGCCCCAGGGACGACUACUGCCGCAGGAGGACGCAGGUGGUCGCGCUGGACGCCUUUCACUUCUUCCAGGCUAGUCGGCAAUAUGAGGAGGGAUUCCUGCUGCGGGAGCUGAACAAGGCGUACGUCGGCUUCCACUUCGAGGACCAGACCGGUCUUCCGCCGGUGGCCACCGGCAACUGGGGCUGCGGCGCUUUCAACGGCGAUCCGCGACUCAAAGCUCUGCUGCAGACGAUGGCGGCCGCCCUCACGGGCCGGGACCUGACCUACCUGACCUUCGGCGACCUGACGCUGCGGGAUGACCUGCGCGAGGUGCACGCCUUCCUGCGGCAGCGGGCUGUCACGGUCGGCCAGCUCUACAGGGCGCUGGCGGUGUACGGCCGGCUGCACGGCGGCCGCCAGAGCCGACCGGAAGUGCUCAGCUUCCUGCACAGCCACAUCGGCGGCGACGAGUACGGCUCGGACACGGACCUGGAGCGCGAGGACUGGAGUCAGGAGGUGGAGAUACUACCGGACACGGAGUCCGAGAACAUCCCCGUAGACGACGGAGCCACACCGGAGGCGACCGCCGCCGCCGCCGAUGCCGCCGCCGUCUCGGAGUCGCCGGAGCCGGAGGAUGCGGCUGCCAGCCCGCGGGACCGGUCGCAGAGCCCGCCGACGCCCGCCUGUGUGGCCGCUCAGGCUGACCUGCUGCUGGAGGCCGCCUUCAGCGACACGGACGGCUGUCACCUGGCCGCCCAGAUGGCCGAGGCAGGACCGGCGGCGCGCGCCGCCGCCGGCGCCAAGCGUGUGCGCCGCGCUGACGCCGCCGGCGACGUCCAGCAGUUCGCCCACUUCGAGGUGGAGUACCGGCCUGAUAACGCCGUGCCGCAGGAGUACCGGCCUGAUAACGCCGGGUCGGAGGAGUACCGGCCUGAUAACGCCGUGCCGAAGGAGUACCGGCCUGAUAACGCCGGGUCGUGA